UGAUCAGACCCUUAGCAACACGUCAUUACUCAGUAGGAUGAACGCAAGCCUGAGGCUGCUGUAGCUUGUCGGUUUAAAUUGUGCGCUCUCGUUGAGGCUGAUGUUCCCACUCCCAAGUGAAUUCCUCGAACACCCUGAUCACCGAACGCCCCCUAAGCCCAUCGAGGAGAUAGCUGGGGAUCCAACAGCCCACGACUCCAAGCACGGGGCAGUCCUCACAACACCAUGGCUCCAAACAGUUUCUCACUGUCCACUCGGCUAACUCUCGCAAAUGGCCUCUCAAUCCCCCAGAUCCACCUAGGCGUCUAUCUCAUGUCAGGCAAAGAGGCUUCGUCGGCCGUCAAAUGGGCACUGCAAGCAGGAUAUCGAGGUAUUGAUAGCGCCCAGAUGUACAGAAAUGAGAAGGACUGUGGCCAGGCCAUCCUUUCUUUCCUGAGCGACCAGAACCUCAACGCCGCUGGUCUGAAGCGCGAAGACAUCUUCUUCACCUCGAAACUUGCAUCAAACGCCAGCUACGAGGCUGCUCGACGGUCCAUCAAACAGUCCGUCCAAGUAAGCGGGCUUGGGUAUAUCGACCUGUUUCUGCUGCACAGUCCUUAUGGCGGGAAGAGCGCUCGCCUGUCUAGUUGGAGGGCCGUUGAGGACGCUAUUCAGGAUGGCGAGAUUCGAAUUGGAGGAGUCAGUAACUUUGGGGUCAAACAUCUUGACGAGCUUGCUGCUUCGAAGCCCCGAAUCAUGCCCGCCAUCAAUCAAAUUGAAGUUCAUCCAUUCAACACCCGGACCGAUAUUGUCGAGGCGUGUCGAAAACAUGGCAUAAUCGUCGAAGCGUACGCCCCUCUCGCAAGGGCCCUUCGCAUGAAGCACCCAACCAUUGCGUCACUUUCAAAGAAGUACAAUUGCACCCCUGCGCAACUGAUGGUAAGAUGGAGUCUACAACAUGGUUAUAUCCCUCUUCCGAAGAGCGUCUCCAAGGAACGGAUCACCUCGAAUGGUGAGAUCAGCCACUUCGAGAUUGCAGGUGAUGACAUGCAGAAGAUGGAUGCGCUCGAUGAAUAUCUGGUGACCGACUGGGAUCCAGUUGAUGCGGACUAGUCUGGUCAUGAUGAACAGGUUGUGCCAGGAGAUGCACGAAUCUGGCGAGGCUUUUGGGCUAUCGAAAUCUCUGCCAUUCCAAGUCUUGCAUGUCACUGCAUGAGUACUCGGCUUUUGUCCACUUGAACACGUUGAGUGGACUCU